AUGGCUCCUCUGAGGCUGCUCUCGCGUCCUGCUACCGCCCUCUCUGCUGUGCCACGAACCCUCCCACGGCUGGUCCGCUUUCAAUCCACUUCCAGCAGCUAUGAAAACAUUUUGGUGUCUACACCCAGACCAGGCGUUGGACUCAUCACGCUCAAUCGUCCGAAAGCCCUGAACGCCCUCUCUAGUGCUUUGUUUGUUGAAUUAAACGAUGCUCUGAAGAAAUACGAAGACGACAAGGAUAUUGGUGCAAUUGUUCUGACCGGCAGUGACAAGGCAUUUGCAGCCGGCGCAGAUAUCAAAGAGAUGGCUCCCUUGACCUUUUCCGACGCCUAUGUCAACAACUUCAUAGCCCCUUGGUCUUACAUGACAACCCUACGAAAACCCAUCAUCGCAGCAGUCUCGGGACAUGCUCUUGGUGGAGGAUGUGAGCUUGCCAUGAUGUGCGACAUCCUGUAUUGCACCAAGACUGCAAACUUUGGGCAACCCGAGAUCAAGCUCGGCACGAUACCAGGUGCAGGAGGGUCCCAGCGCCUCACCGCAGCCCUUGGGAAGAGCAAGUCUAUGGAACUCAUUCUCACAGGCAACAAUCUUAGUGGCGAGGAGGCCGAGAAACACGGUCUCGCUGCCAAAGCCUUCGAGGGGGGAAACAAAGAGGUUCUUGAGGGUGCUCUAAACACGGCGGAAAAGAUUGCUAGUUACAGUCGGGUGGCGGUCAUUGCGGCCAAAGAAGUUGUCAACAAGAGCCAGGACCUUGGGGUCAGAGAGGGUGUUGAAUACGAACGACGCAUAUUCCACAGUCUGUUUGGUAGCCAAGAUCAAAAGAUUGGCAUGAAGGCGUUUGCAGAGAAGAAAAAGGCCGAGUGGACUAACUCGUGA